AUGAAUACCACUGGAUCGUUAAAUCCUACAAUUCCAAAUCAAAAUAAUAUUCUUCAUACAAAUUUAUUGUAUAGAAGGGAUUUAAUUGAUUAUUUAUUAAAUUAUAUGAUAAAUAAUAAUCGAAUGGAUAUUUUAUGCUCAAACUCAUUUAUUAUGGAUUCUUUGUUAAAUGUCAAUUCACAAUUAAAUCAUAAUACUGUAUUACAUAAUAGUCAAUUUUAUUCAAAUUUAAUCUCUUAUUUAUUUCCUAUGGAUUUAAAUGUUAAUAUAUUACAACAACGUCAAAACCCCCAGAUACAAAAUUGGAUUAAUGAUUGGUUAGUUAAUAAUAACCAUAGCAAUAAUAAUAAUAAUAAUAAUAAUAAUAAUAGUAAUAUUUCGGAUCCAACAUUAGCAUACCUUAGAGUAGCUACUCAAUGUAUUCUACGCUACUUAUUAACAACAAAUCAUUAUCAACAAACUUUAUAUUUGAAUUCUUUUCUUCAUUCUAAUUAUUCAUCAACAUUGACUACAUAUAAUACAACUAAUCAGAAUAAUAUAUUAUUUCAAUCAAAUAAAAAUACAUUAGAAUCUAAUUAUAUAAUAAAUGAAAAUUCAUCUAUUACACGUAUAAAACGUUAUAAGUGUACUUAUCCAAAUUGUACAAAAGCAUAUUAUAAAAGAUCUCAUUUAAAUGAACAUUAUCAUUUACAUACUGGUGCUAAACCACAUUUAUGUAAUCAACCUGGUUGUAGUGCAAGAUUUACACGUGCUGAUCAAUUAUCACGUCAUAGACGUGCACAUACUGGUGAACGUAAUUUUCGUUGUAAUGUUUGUUUAAAACGUUUUAAACGUAGUGAUCAUUUAAAGGUACAUUUAACUAGGAAUGUAUGUACAAAAUUUAAUUUAUAA